GUCCCGAUCUUGAGGCGUGUGAUGCCCGGCGCUUCGCGAACCUUCUCGACUUCUAGACGCUUCGAAUUACCGCUGAACGAUCGCAGCCGGUUUCUACUUGCCCGCACGCUGAUUGGCUAAUCGCCAAUAGGCGUACUUAAUACGUCACGAUUAGGGGGAGUUGUUGUGAUGUUAGCUAACGAAGCUCAAGCAAUGUGAAAUCCAUAUAUAUGCAAGGAGUUAAAGGCGACACAUCAUAGUACAUUGACCGUCUUGUUGUGGUUACACAUUCACUGCCACAGAACCCGAAACUAUGACCGCGAUUGAGACAUCGGUUUUACCACGGAAGGUAAAAGGGGAAAGGUCUAUGUGUGAGGCAUUGGCUGAAUACCCAGGUGAAUUGGUUAAGACUGAUUCACCGAAUUUCGUGUGCAGCGUUUUACCGUCGCAUUGGAGAUGCAACAAGACUCUGCCGGUCGCUUUUAAAGUCGUCUCGCUCGGAGACAUUCCGGAUGGAACUACCGUUCACAUUUCGGCCGGGAACGAUGAGAAUUUUGCCGCAGAACUACGAAAUGCUACGGCGAUGAUGAAGAACCAAGUAGCGAGAUUCAACGAUUUACGCUUUGUUGGUCGUAGUGGACGAGGAAAGUCGUUCACGUUGACUAUAACUGUUAACACCGAACCACCACAAGUUGCGACUUACGUGCGAGCUAUCAAAGUCACCGUGGAUGGACCGCGCGAACCUAGAAGACAUCGUGCAAGAAAUGAAGAAAGGGAAUUGCAUCACUCAUACGAGCCGUAUGUUCCACCAUUAGACAGACUAACAGAGUUGGACAUGAGAAGAAACAACUUUGGGCCAUUCACAGAAUUGCAGCCAAACACUUUGCAGCCAUUGCUACCGAGCAAGAUGGCAACGGAUACCUCGUCGUCUUUUGGUCUGCCCGGAGAGUUGCCCAGAGCGCAACCUUCGUGGCCAAGUUUUCAUACCAUUCAAAAUCUAGUGAAUCCUGCAUCGAUGAACAGCCAUCACAACGUUCCUGACAACGGCUUAGUCUACAAUAAUCUACCACAAAACCUCAUUCCUUCUCCCAAACAAACGCCGCUGAUCUCGGCCAUGAAUGGCGAUAAUAUGUCUCCACUUUUUCCACAAAUGUUCACCUCGGACACGCGGUACCCGAGCUCUUCGCAGUACCCAUACCGCGCGAAUGCCACGUCAUCUCCCGCGAGUACCGCGAAUGUGACGUCACCAUCCCUCGGGUUGUUCUCGAGCAACACGGGUCUGGAUGCGAACCAGAAUGUAGUGAACGGUGGACUAACGCACAUGACCAACAAUAUGAACAUGUUAAGCAAUCAAGUGACAUCAUCCAUGGUAAAUAACGGCUUGUUCACGCCGACAACUUCUUUGGGGGACCAAGAUCUUUUAAAUCACGUGACAUCGAGCACGCCGAAGGGCAUGUACCAGAACCAGUCUCAGACCUCCGGUAACCCAAUGCCGCUGACCCAGUCUACUGUGUACUCGAAUAUCGGUAACACGUACCCUCUUCUAAGACCAACGUCCUCUAUUAUGAACCCCGCCCUGGGACUACAUGAUGUCGGGGGGGUGAAACUGCCGCAAACCAACGGGGUUACGUAUACGGACCUCACGAACUCGACUGCAAGCCUAAAUGGGUAUGCGUAUUCACCAAAAGACGAUAGUCACGGGGAUCUGGGCAAGGUAUCCGAUGUUAUGAAUCAUAUUGAGGAACUCAGUCAUGCGCGUAUUAAACUUGAAACCGAGGCUGUACGGAGUAACUCGCCCAAGGUUUGGAGGCCAUAUUGACUAGCCGACAUUCGUUGCGACACAUUGAACUUCAACAACCAGACGCUACUUUGUGUGUGAAAUACGUUUAAGACCAUUUAUAGAAUGGGUUUUAUUAAGUUCAAUCGCUAGAAAUCACUAGAAUUAUGGUAAAAAAGCAAAGGUAGACAAAAGCAUGUCGAUAAUACUCACUUUAAUUGCAUUAAACUGUUGUGGUCUACUUGUUUUGAAGAAAAAGUUUCAUUAAAAGAGCUCGUUUCAAACAGUUUCAUCCUCAGAACUCUUAUUCAUGCAUUCACAAAGUGGGCGAUUUUAUUCCCAGCUUGUGAGUUCAAUGUGACGCGACGCGACGCGACGUGAUAUGCACGAAAAAAACGAUUUAAUUUAUCGUAAAUAUUUAUUUGUAACAUAAUUGCUGUAAAUUAUUCUACAUUAUAUAAGAAUUAAGAGUUUUUAAAACGCGUAAAUAUAUGCAGUCCUUUGGACGAUAUUAGAAUGUCAAGACAUGAAUUAUAAAGAAGGUCGUCAUAUGAAAUAUAAACACGGCCUGUAUUAUAUAUUAUUGUAAAGAGAUCUCUAUAUAUAUAAUUCUAGCAUGCAUCAUUUUCAAAUGUAAAUUUCCUUUUACAAAACUCGUUCGAGUUAGACGAUCUUUUUAUUAAACUAGAUCAAAAAAGAAA